GCCCGAGAAACCGAGCCCGGGCUGAUGCUGGGUCUCGCCGCGCGGCUCCAGCUGGGGCGUGGUGGUCCCGACGGUCGUCCGAAUUGCAGAGAGUCGCCGCUGGAGAGGGGCUCGGCGCCCGGCGGGGACCGCAGGCAAUGACUCAGGAUGCAGCCAGGGGCCACGACAUGCACAGAGGACCGCAUCCAGCAUGCUCUGGAGCGCUGCCUGCACGGACUCAGCCUCAGCCGCCGCUCCACUUCCUGGUCAGCUGGGCUGUGUCUGAACUGCUGGAGCCUGCAGGAGCUGGUCAGCAGGGACCCGGGCCACUUCCUCAUCCUCCUUGAGCAGAUCCUACAGAAAACCUGCGAGGUCCAAGAGAAGGGCACCUAUGACCUACUUGCCCCUCUAGCCCUACUGUUCUACUCUACUGUCCUCUGUACACCACACUUCCCACCAGACUCAGAUCUCCUUCUGAAGGCAGCCAGAACCUACCACAGGUUCCUGACCUGGCCUGUUCCUUACUGCAGCAUCUGCCAGGAACUACUCACCUUCAUUGAUGCUGAACUCAAGGCCCCAGGAAUCUCCUACCAGCGACUGGUGAGGGCUGAGCAAGGCCUGUCCAUCAGGAGUCACCGCAGCUCCACUGUCACCGUGCUGUUGCUGAACCCAGUGGAGGUGCAGGCUGAGUUCCUGGCCGUGGCAAACAAGCUGAGCACUCCUGGACACUCACCCCACAGUGCCUACACCACCCUGCUCCUGCAUGCCUUCCAGGCCACCUUUGGAGCACACUGUGAUGUCCCCAGUCUGCACUGCAGGCUGCAAGUCAAGACCCUGGCAGAGCUCGAAAAUAUCUUCGCGGAGACUGCAGAGGCACAGGAGCUGGCAUCUGGCAUCAGGGAUGCCAUGGAGGCCCGGCAGUGGCUCAGGACUAAACUGCAAGCAGUGGGAGAAAAAGCUGGCUUCCUUGGGGUGUUAGACACUGCAAAGCCCGGAAAGCUCCAUAACAUCCCCAUCCCUGUCGCCAGGUGCUACACCUACAGCUGGAACCAGGACAGUUUUGACAUCUUGCAGGAAAUCCUGCUCAAGGAACAGGAGCUGCUCCAGCCAGGGAUUCUGGGGGAUGAUGAAGAGGAGGAGGAAGAGGAGGAGGAGGAAGACUUGGAAACUGAUGGGCAUUGUGCUGAGAGGGAUUCCCUGCUCUCUACAAGCUCUUUGGUGUCCCGCGACUCCACUGUGUCCCUUGCCUCCUCCCAGGCCUCAGGGGCAGACCUCUCCCGCCAGCUGCUGACCUCCUUUGUCUCGGGCCUCUCGGAUGGCGUGGACAGUGGCUACGUGGAGGACAGUGAGGAGAGCUCCUCUGAGUGGCCCAGGAGGCGUGGCAGCCAGGAUUGCCGGGGCCACCGCAGGACUGGGCAAAAGUUCAACAGGAUCUAUAAACUCUUCAAGAGCACCAGCCAGCUGGUACUGCGGAGGGACUCUCGGGUCCUGGAGGGCAGCUCGGACACUGCUCUGCCCCUGCGGCGGGCAGGGAGCCUCUGCAGUCCCUUGGAUGGCCUGGCACCAUCCCCCCCAUCCCGGGCCCAGCGCUCCCUCUCCCUGCCCCAGGCCAAGCUCAGUGCCCAGCUGCCCAGCUGGCUCCUGGCUCCCGCAUUACGCCACCAGCGCCGCCGCCCCUUCCUGAGUGGGGACGAGGACCCCAAGGCCUCCACUCUACGUGUUGUGGUCUUUGGCUCUGAUCGGAUUUCAGGGAAGGUGGCUCGGGCAUAUAGCAACCUUCGGCGGCUGGAGAACAAUCGCCCACUCCUCACACGGUUCUUCAAGCUGCAGUUCUUCUACGUACCUGUGAAGCGAAGCCACGGGGCUGACUCCAGGGCCUGUCCAACCCCUCGGAGUCAGACACCUUCACCCCCCACAGACGCCUCGAGGCACCUCAGCCCUGCAGAGCUGGGCCCAGCCCCAUGGGAGGAGAGCACCAAUGACAUCUCCCACUACCUCGGCAUGCUUGACCCCUGGUAUGAGCGCAAUGUGCUGGGCCUCAUGCACCUGCCCCCUGAAGUCCUGUGCCAGCAGUCCCUGAAGGCUGAAGCCCGGCCCUUGGAGGGCUCCCCUGCCCGGUUGCCCAUCUUGGCUGACAUGCUGCUCUACUAUUGCCGCUUUGCUGCCAGGCCUGUGCUGCUGCAGGUCUAUCAGACAGAGCUGACCUUCAUCACUGGGGAAAAGACGACAGAGAUCUUUAUCCACUCUCUGGAGCUGGGUCACUCUGCUGCCACACGUGCCAUCAAAGCUUCCGGUCCUGGCAGCAAGCGGCUUGGCAUCGAUGGCGACCGAGAGGCCAUUCCUCUAACACUACAGAUUAUUUACAGCAAGGGGGCCAUCAGUGGACGAAGUCGCUGGAGCAACCUGGAAAAGGUCUGUACCUCCGUCAACCUCAACAAGGCCUGCCGGAAGCAAGAGGAACUAGACUCCAGCAUGGAGGCCCUGACGCUAAACCUGACAGAAGUGGUGAAAAGGCAGAACCCCAAAUCCAAGAAGGGCUUUAACCAGAUUAGCAUGUCGCAGAUCAAAGUGGACAAGGUGCAGAUUAUCGGCUCCAACAGCUGCCCCUUUGCUGUGUGCCUGGACCAGGAUGAGAGGAAGAUCUUGCAGAGUGUGGUCAGGUGUGAGGUCUCACCCUGCUACAAGCCGGAGAAGAGUGGCCUCUCACCGCCACCCCAGUGGCCCCCCGACCCACCGACCCAGACUGCACCGGACCUCUGCUCCCUCCUCUGCCUGCCCAUCAUGACUUUCAGUGGAGCCCUGCCCUAGUGUGGGCCUGGUGCAAGACUGGACAGGAAACCCUGGGGCAGCCUCCUCUGAGCCCACCUCCCAGUCACCCACUCUCUGUGAAGAACUGAAUGGCCUGGUGCUGGGUCAGGGUCUUGCUGUGGGCCCUGCAGCAGGCAAGGGCCAGAGGGUAGAUGGCUUCUGGGGCCUCAGAGCUCUAGGAAAGAAACAGUCAUUAGGGAGAGGGGACUAACCCCAUAGCCUCUCAGAUUCUUCACAGUAUAAGGAGAGGGAUGGUGAGUUGAUCUCUGAAGGCCCUCACCACUUGCAUGGUAUAGGAGACUUUCUAGAAGGAAGAUCUGAGGCUCUGGUGCUCUGGGGUAUGGUGCAAGCCUUCUUUCUCAACCUUGGCUAGGCUUACCCCUUACUUAGUCAAAGACUCAGGGAACCCUUUUUGUCUGGAGUUCAGUCCCCCAUACUCUAGGGCUCAGGUGGUAGAAAUGUGGAUGAGACUUCUUUCCUUCGAGUCCACCUCUCUCCCCAACACACACCCA